AUGUCGGCGAAGACAGAGCCCACGAGCAAGAAGUUCGGUUCUUCGACCCGCGCGGUCCCUCACCACUCCCAGAAGGCCCAGAAGUGGUACCCUGCCGAGGAUGACUCCGAGAAGAAGACGACUCGCAAGGCCAUCCGCGCUUGGGCUCCUCGCAAGACCCUCCAGCCGGGUACCGUCCUGAUCCUCCUCGCUGGCCGAUUCCGAGGCAAGCGCGUUGUCCUCCUCAAGACCCUCGACCAGGGUGUUCUCCUUGUCACCGGACCCUUCAAGAUCAACGGUGUUCCCCUGCGGAGAGUCAACGCCCGCUAUGUGAUCGCCACAUCGCAGAAGGUUGACCUGGCCGGUGUCGACCAGAAGAAGAUUGAGGAGAUCGCUCAGCCCAAGUACUUCACCGCUGAGAAGACCAAGGAGAAGGCCGGUGAGGAGGCUUUCUUCAAGCAGGGAGAGAAGCCCCAGGUACGAGCACCCAUGCCCAUUUCCGCACACAGCGUUGCAAGGGAGCGAGGACUGACAGCCGAGCAGAAGAAGCAGAUCAGCAGCAGCCGGGCGGCGGACCAGAAGGCCAUCGACAAGGCCCUCCUGGCCAACAUCAAGAAGGUGGACAUGCUCGCGAGCUACCUCGCCUCUUCCUUCAGCUUGCGCAAGGGUGACAAGCCCCACGAGAUGAAGUGGUAG